AUGGAUCAAGCACAGUAUGAUGCGAUCAAAGACAACUGGGGAGAGGUGGAGGACAGAGAUGGAGUCAGACUCAGUUGGAAUACCAUUCCCUCCACGCGCAUGGAAGCAAAUCGCUUGGUCGUUCCCUUGAGCUGCUUGUUAACACCACUGAAAGAAUUGAACAAGCCCCUCCUCAAUUACGAACCUGUCACAUGUCGAGCACCUUGUCGAGCCGUCCUAAAUCCCUUCGCAAAUGUCGAUGUACGUGCUAAGAUAUGGAUCUGUCCAUUCUGUUUACAGCGGAAUGCCUUGCCACGGCAUUAUGGAGAUAUUAGCGCAGAGAAUGUGCCGCCUGAGAUGCACAGUCUGAACACCACAGUGGAGUACCAACUCGCUCGACCAGCGCCCGCCCCACCAAUCUUCGUCUAUGUGAUUGACACUGCGAUUGAAGAGGAUGGUUUACAGGCAUUGAAAGAUACUCUUGUCAUGAGCCUGUCGCUACUCCCGGCCAAUGCCCUCGUAGGACUGGUGACUUUUGGCACCAACGUCGCAGUCCAUGAAAUUGGAUACACCGAGUGCCAGAAAUCCUAUGUGUUUAGGGGAAGUAAAGACUACGCUGCAAAACAGGUCCAAGAAAUGCUGGGCCUGGCUGCUCCAGGUCUAAGACCCAAUGUCCCCCCCGUACAAGGGCGACCGCCUCCGCCAAUGGGCCCUGCCGCCAGAUUUCUCCUCCCAGUCCAACAAGCCGAGUUCCAGAUUACCAACACCAUCGAACAGCUUCAAAAGGACCCUUGGCCAGUAGCGAACGAUCGCCGACCACUGAGAUGUACCGGUGUCGCACUCAGUGUUGCUGUUAGUCUUCUGGAAACAUCAUUCCAGAAUGCCGGGGCUCGCAUCAUGCUUUUCGCUGGUGGCCCUGCAACCGAAGGUCCAGGCCUUGUAGUUGCACCUGAACUUCGUGAACCCAUUCGGUCACACCAUGACAUCGAUCGCGAUACUGUCAAACACUUCAAAAAGGCCAUCAAAUUUUACGAUGGCCUGGCCAAACGAACGGCUCACAAUGGUCAUAUCAUCGAUCUCUAUCUUGGAUGCCUCGACCAGGUUGGUCUGCUCGAAAUGAAGGGCUUGGCAAAUUCUACUGGUGGUCAUAUGGUAUUGACUGACAGUUUCACAUCAUCUCAAUUUAAACAGUCCUUCGUUCGAGUCUUUGAGAAGGAUGAAAAUGAUGUUCUUCUUAUGGGCUUCAACGCCAACAUUGAGGUCAUCACAACCAAGGAGCUCAAGGUUACAGGUCUCAUUGGACACGCUGUUUCUGCAAACAAGAAAUCUAGCUCCGUUGGGGAGACCGAAUGUGGUAUUGGCAAUACUUCGGCAUGGAAAAUGUGUGGCAUCAACCCCACAUCGAGUUAUGGCAUCUACUUUGAGGUUGCAAACCAAGGAGGACCAACCCCCAUGCAACAAGGUCCACAGCGAGGCAUGAUGCAAUAUCUGACUUACUACCAACAUGCGUCUGGACAAUACCAUCUUCGUGUAACGACCGUGGCACGGAACCUGAGUGGUCCAGCAGGUGACCAAGCCUUGGCGCAAUCGUUCGAUCAAGAGGCUGCCGCCGUCCUCAUGGCUAGGAUUGCUGUUUUCAAAGCCGAAGUUGAUGAUGGACCAGAUGUUCUCCGAUGGGUCGACAGAAUGCUCAUUCGGCUCUGCUCUCGGUUCGCAGAUUAUCGGAAGGACGAUCCCACUUCGUUCAGGCUCGACAAAAAUUUCACCCUCUAUCCCCAGUUCAUGUUCCACCUUCGACGUUCGCAAUUCUUACAAGUCUUCAACAACUCACCUGAUGAGACCGCAUUUUACCGACAUGUCUUGAAUCAUGAAUAUGUGGGAGAUUCACUUAUCAUGAUUCAACCCACCCUGGACUCAUACAGCCUUGAGCAUGAAGGUGGUCAACCAGUGCUUCUUGAUUCCGCAUCCAUUCAACCGCAAACUAUACUACUCCUUGACACCUUCUUCCAAAUUCUGAUUUUCCAUGGCGAAACCAUGGCAGAAUGGCGAAAAGCUGGCUACCAGGAUCAAGAAGGCUACGAGAAUUUCCGAACCAUUCUCGAUACUCCGAAAGAGGAUGCUCGAGAACUUGUCCAAGAUCGAUUCCCUUUGCCGAGAUUCAUUAUAUGCGAUGCUGGUGGCUCACAAGCUCGCUUCUUGCUCUCCAAACUGAAUCCCUCCACAACCCAUGCGACUGGGGGCUAUGGUGGAGUUUCUCAAACAGCACAAACGAUAUUCACGGAUGAUGUUUCUCUGCAAACAUUCAUGGAUCACCUGAUGAAGUAA